UCUACUGUAUAUACUAAAUCGGGUAGCAUCGUGGUCUGGUUGGGAUGAAAUCGGAUUGAGGCUGCCCUGCCUUUCAUACGGCGCGCUCUACCCUCACGAAUUUUAACUUUUGAAUCAGUAGUGGAACAUGUUUGUGUGUGUGUGUGUGUGUGUGUGUGUGUGUGUCCAAUCAGUUCGUGUGUGUAUACAAGUAGUGCGGAACACCGAAGGCAAGUGAACGCAUCGCACCCAUAUCUGAGAUUAGUGAGGUUGACACAGAAGGUCCGCAACAGCUAAAGUGCAUCCCAAAAGCCACUCAUCCAACCACUGGACUACUGCUCAUCAUUACGCAGGCUCUCAUCGCGUUUGGAAACGAGGACGGACUCGAUCAACUGAGAUCUCCCAUGAGAAACGGAACAAUCAAGUCCAAUCUAUCAGAGCCUCGCCUUUCCUUGUUCUACUUGCGGUGUGACGGCACUCGCCAACAUCAAAGCUCUUUCUCAUUCUAGCUGUGCCAUCCCUCUGUUUUUGUGAGACUUUGGGGAUGACUGUUGCCUAACAGCUAUCAGCCUGCAUAUCUACUAGAUAGGGAAAAGUGCAACUAAUACUAGACAUGGAGGACUAUGAAGUUCGCUCAGCUGCCAGCAUCCUGGCAUCAGUGAAAGAACAGGAGGCCCGUUUUGAGCAGUUGACUCGAGCCCUCGAGGAGGAGCGUCGCACCCUGCCGCUUGGGCCGGCUAAUGUGCCUCCCAACCUUCCUACCAGCCAACCGUUAGCAUGGCAGCAAGUGGUGACGCAGGAGCAGAGCCCCAAUAACACCACUUCUCUGGCCAUGAUGCAGGAGCCACCGGAAGUGGUGGAGGAGACGGUCACCAUCGAGGAGGACCCUGGCACGCCAACUUCUCAUGUUUCGGUGGUCACCUCAGAUGAUGGGACCACACGCCGCACAGAAACCAAGGUGACCAAAAUGGUGAAGACGGUGACCACUCGAACUGUGCGACAGGUUCCUCUUGGCCCUGAUGGCUUACCCAUGCCUGAAGGAUCAUCCCCAUUGGGAAGUUACACCGACUCCAUUGACCGGCGCUACAUCAAGAACGGUGGCGAUCGUUUCAUCACCCCUCAAGCCUCAUCCACCUUGACGCGCUCCUACAACAACUCCUAUAAUGAUUCCUUUGCUGAAACGCCAGAGAGUCAGUACAUUCGCCAGUACGGUCUACAUGAUGGCUACACUGAUUUGACGGACAACUAUGGCAGCCUGUCACGAGGCAUCCACUUCCGUCCACCUCGCUACCCCUACAUGCCCAAUAGCUAUCGGCCCGAGAACAGCUACACACUGCCUAUUCGUAAGGAUGACUAUGGCCACGUGGCCCAACCCCAGGUGCCUAUGGGUACCAGCACUGUGGACCUGAAUCGCUCCCAGCCUGAGCGCUUUCAGGCCGAACCAUAUGGCCUGGAAGAUGAUCGCCGCAGCUUUGGCCCGGAGGAUGAGGAGCCAUAUGAGCUCGAGCCUGACUAUUCUACUGCUCACCGACGCACACUAAAAGGAGCCAACCGGGGACGGACCCACAGAGAACCACUUCGUGAUGGGCCGAGAGUCAGAGGAUACCCAGAUGAACCCAUUGAUACAGAGCUGAUAGAUGAACGCCACCCGUACAUCCAUGGCAUAUAUUCUGCACCACUGGCCCAGCCAGAGCGAGGGAGUAUGGCCAGUCUGGAUCAUAUGGGUGGUCGACGUUCACCUUCAAUUGACAGUAUUCGUAAGGAUCCACGCUGGCGUGACCCAGAUCUUCCAGAGGUCAUUGCCAUGUUGGGCCACCCCAUUGACCCUGUCAAGUCCAAUGCCGCUGCCUAUUUGCAGCACUUGUGUUAUGAAAACGAUAAAAUCAAAAAGGAUGUGCGUCAGCUGAAGGGAAUUCCUGUCCUGGUGGGGCUUCUGGACCACCCCAAGUCUGAGGUCCACCGCAAGGCCUGCGGUGCCUUACGCAACAUCUCCUAUGGCAAGGACAAUGACAAUAAGGUGGCAAUCAAAAAUUGUGAUGGUAUUCCUGCCCUCAUCCGCCUACUGAGGAAGACCAAAGACAUGGAGGUUCGAGAGCUUAUCACUGGGACACUUUGGAACUUGUCCUCCUAUGAACCAUUGAAGAUGGUCAUCAUCAACCACGGCCUCAAAACAAUGACCAAUGAGGUUAUUAUCCCACACUCUGGGUGGGAACAUGAACCAAAUGAGGACUCAAAGCCACGUGAUGCAGAAUGGACCACUGUCUUCAAGAACACCUCUGGGUGCUUGAGAAACGUAAGCUCAGAUGGGGCAGAGGCUCGGCGCAGAUUGAGAGAGUGUGAUGGACUGGUGGACGCCCUGCUCCAUGCCCUCCAAUCAGCUGUAGGGAAAAAAGAUAUGGAUAAUAAGUCUGUGGAGAACUGUGUCUGUAUUAUGAGGAACCUGUCCUACCACGUCCACAAAGAGGUCCCGGGUGCUGAAAGAUUUCAAGACCCAUCAGCACCACAGACCCCUGGCUCAGCAGGGCCGCAGAGAAAGAAGAAGGAUGACGCUGGCUGCUUUGGAGGCAAAAAGGCCAAAGAGGAAUGGUUUAAUCAAGGUAGAAAAAAUGGUGAGAAUGACAAACACUACGACACAUUGGAUCUCCCCAAGCGUGCUGAGCCGACAAAAGGUUUUGAACUUCUAUAUCAACCAGAGGUGGUGAGACUCUAUCUUUCUCUAUUGACUGAGAGCCAAAACUUCAACACCCUGGAGGCUGCUGCUGGGGCUCUGCAAAACCUUGGUGCUGGGCAAUGGACUUGGUCCAAUUACAUCAGGGCCACAGUGCGUAAAGAGAAAGGUCUCCCCAUCCUGGUGGAACUUUUGCGCUCUGACUCCGACAAGGUGGUCCGAGCUGUGGCCAUCGCCUUGCGCAACCUCUCCAUCGACCGCCGCAACAAGGACUUAAUUGGAAGUUACGCCAUGCGGGACUUGGUCAGUAACUUGCCCAGUGGACAGCAGCGACCCGCCAAGAACUUAGAGGAGGACACCGUGGUUGCCAUCCUCAACACUAUCCACGAGAUUGUCACAGACAGCUCUGAAAAUGCCCGCUCUCUCAUUCAGGCCCAGGCCAUUGAGAAGCUAGUCGCUAUCAACCGAACCAGCCAAUCCACAAGAGAAACAAAGGCCGCAUCUCAUGUGCUGCAGACUGUGUGGAGUUAUAAGGAAUUGAGGAACGCCUUGACUAAGGAUGGCUGGAACAAGAGCCAUUUCCAGCCCACGGUGACAGCAACCCCUAAAGGAACCAAGAACGGCAAACCGGGUUAUGAUGAUACAACUCUGCCCCUUAUGGAGAAGAACCAAGAUGGUUACUCUACCAUUGACCAGAGGGACAAGGACUCCAAAUACAAGACGGGCGACAGUUCAGUGGACCUGACAGAACGGGAGCCACUAAAGAAUGACACAAGUAGGAAACACUAUAUCAGGAGUAAUAGGCCUGCGGUCAGUCUGGUGGACGCUUGUGAUGUUAAGCCACAGCCUGUUGAUUCCUGGGUCUAAAUGCAUGCAUGGCUUAAAACUGCACCAGAGUAACACCGCGGGAGGAUCUCUCACAUCACCACUGCCAUUUCAUACGGAGCUCGUGUUUGGAGUUGAACUUUGUACAGAUAGAAGAAUUAAAAUAAAUAGUAACAAUUGUGG